CUGUAAAUUGGGUGAUGGAGGAUUGGAUGCUCUGCAAGUGAAUUUCAGUUGCAGCAGUUUUGCUUGCCGUUGGUCUGAUUUAUACAUUACAGCCAAGGCUUUUCACCAUGGGAUUUGGGAAGACACUUUUUAGAAGCCAUUCUUUGAAGAUGAGAUGAUGGAGCGCAACUUAAAACAUUGAUAUCAUGAUUUUGACCAGUAGGAAGAACAAGCUAACGAUGACAUUAAGUGGAUUACUUGGAUUAUCGGUAUCAUCCUGAAUAUGAGAAGCGUUUGUUACUUCAGGCAGCUCACUGGGAGUUUGAGAAGUUUCUGGAAGAUCUGAGCAUGACGGGGAUCAACUUUUUGAUUGAUGAGGAGUUCAGAAGGGUCCUAAGAGACGUUUAAGACCAUCUAGGUCAACAUGAAUGGAAGCCAUUGGAUUGAAAAUUGGUGUUUAUUUGAGGCACUGGAGUAGUAGAUUCUCAGACUUCUUCUCAUGACUUCAUUAUACUUUUGUGGCCUUUAAGGAUACAGUAGGUGCCAGCAUCAUGUGUCAAAUCAGAAGGUCUUCCUGGGUCACAUUUCUGAUGGUCUACACAGGCUGGAUGUGCAUGUUUACUCAUGCCCAAAUGAAGAUUCCACCUGAAACGGUUCAGAAAUGGGCCAUCACCAUUUCAGAGCAAAUCAAUGCAAUUGCAUCAAAGUAUUCAGGAGCUGCUCUAUUUCAAAAGAAACUUAAAGAUGUUGAGUCCAUCAUCAGAAUAGAGGACUUGGAUGGAUCUCGAUUAGUGCUAGAAUUUGCAGAAGAAAUUGAGAGAAUGCUCGGCAGCAAGAUGAGGUCAGCAAAGAGGCUCGCAGACACGGCUGAGGAUGCUGACCUCUAUCAUGAAUUUAAUUCAUCUUUACAGUUUGACUACUUUAAUGCACUCCUGGUGAACACUAUGGAUGAAGAGGGAAAUUUCAUUGAACUUGGAGGCGAAUUUCCUUUGGAGGAAAAUAACCAUUUCAGCAAACUUGCAGUAAACACUUUAAUGAGCGACAUCCAAGUUCCAACUAAUGUCUACAACAAAGAUCCAGAUAUUCUUAAUGGAGUGUACAUGUCAGAGGCCUUGAAUGAUAUCUUCAUCAACAACUUCCAGAAAGAUCCCACACUCACCUGGCAGUAUUUCUGCAGCCAAACGGGUUUCUUCAGACUUUAUCCAGGAAUCCGAUGGACCCCUGAUGCUAACGGCGUUGUGUCUUUUGACUGCAGAAACAGAAACUGGUACAUCCAGGCCGCCACAUCCCCUAAAGAUCUCGUGAUUGUGGUGGAUGUGAGCGGCAGCAUGAAGGGCCUGAAAAUGACCAUCGCCAAACAUACCAUCAACACCAUCCUGGACACACUCGGGGAAAACGACUUUGUAAAUGUUAUCGCUUACACAGAUUAUGUGAGCUACGUGGAGCCGUGUUUUAAAGGGACAUUGGUGCAGGCAGAUUUGGACAACCGCGAGCAUUUCAAGCUGCUUGUGGACGAGCUCCAUGUAAAAGGGGAAGCUAAAGUGAAAAAAGCCAUGAAGGAGUCUUUCCGUAUUCUUGCUGACGCCAGAGCAAAUGGUCAGGGCAGCCUGUGCAACCAAGCAAUUAUGCUGAUCACAGAUGGAGCCAUGGAGGAUUUCCAGUCAGUUUUUGAGGAGUUCAACUGGCCUGACAAGAAGGUACGGGUUUUCACUUACCUCAUUGGCAGAGACAUGACCUUCUCAGAAAAUGUCAAAUGGAUUGCCUGCAACAAUAAAGGUUUUUAUGCUCAUGUCUCCACCCUGGCUGACGUACAGGAGAACGUCAUGGAGUAUCUUCAUGUUUUGAGUCGGCCGAUGGUCAUCAACCACGACCAUGACAUAAUCUGGACUGAGGCAUAUAUGGACAGUGUGGUGUUCAAGAGCAAGGCUCACAGUCUGCUGUUCAUGACGUCGGUGGCCAUGCCAGUGUUCAGUAAGAAGAAAGAAACACUUUCUCAUGGCAUUUUGCUGGGUGUUGUGGGAACUGACAUCCCCCUGCUGGAGGUCAUGAAACUUGCCCCACGAUAUAAGCUUGGAACACACGGCUACGCUUUCCUCAUCACAAACAAUGGCUACAUCCUGGCACAUCCUGACUUAAGACCACUGUACUAUGAAGGAAAGAAAUUGAAACCCAAGCCUAACUACAACAGUGUGGAUCUGUCCGAGGCUGAGUGGGAGGACACUGAAGACAGUUUGAGAACAGCCAUGGUGAAAGGAGAAACUGGUACUCUGGCUUUAGAUGUCAGAACAGCUGUGGAUAAAGGGAAAAGGCCCUUGUUUCUCAAAAAUGAUUAUUACUACACAACGAUCGAUGAAACGCCAUUUAGCUUUGGGAUGGUGCUUACGAAAGGUCACGGCCAGUACAUGUUCUUUGGGAAUGUGUCUGUGGAGGAAGGUCUUCAUGAUCUUCAGCAGCCAGACCUCACUAUAGCAGAAGAAUGGACAUAUUGUGAGACAGAUAUUGACCCUCAGCACCGGAAACUCAAUCAACUUCAGGCUGUGGUUCGAUACCUGACUGGAAAAGAGCCCGAAUUGGAGUGCGAUGAGGUACUGCUCCAGCAGGUUCUGUUUGAUGCAGUGGUAACCGCUCCACUGGAGGCCUACUGGACGAGGCUAACGCUAGCCCCUCCUGGCGUGGAUGAAGGAAUGGAGUCGGCUUUCCUUGGGACGCGCUCUGGAGUCUUGCGUGUCAUCAGAUAUGCAGGAAUUGAGAAACGAUUGGGAAAAAAGUUCCUGACCCGUGUGGAUAAGGAAAACCUUUUCACAGUGGACCACUUCCCCAUUUGGUAUCGUUUGGCAGCGGAGAAUACACCUGGUCAAUUCCUCUUUUACGUCCCAUAUGAUGACAUAAACAAAGGCAAGAACACUUUUGUUGCAGUUACAUCAGUGACAGUGACUGAAGGGAAAAGAACAGCCGUUGCUGGAGCUAUUGGAAUGCAAGCGUCUCUAGACCUGCUGGAGAGAAUAUUCAUGUCUAUUGCCAAACAACCAAACGACACAGAUUGCAAUGAUGUGGAGGGUAUUUGUCCUCUCAGCUGCGAGAGCAUUGAUCUCAACUGUUACCUUGUUGACAGUAAUGGCUUCAUACUGAUCUCAAAGGAUAGAGGAGACGUUGGCAAAUUCUUUGGUGAAAUCGACGGAUCCGUCAUGGCCCAGUUACUAAAAUCUGGCUUGUACAAAAGGGUGACGCUGUAUGACUACCAGGCCAUGUGCAAAAAUGCCCAUCAUCACAGUAGUGGAGCUCGACCUCUGCUCAGCCCUUUCUAUGCUCUACUGGCUUUAAUAAAGUGGUGGUUCUCCCAUUUUGUGAUGUUCAUGUUGGAGUUCAACAUCUGUGGACUUUGGCAUAAUGACUAUGUGGUGGAUGCACACAAGCAGAAAAAGGUGGAGCUGAUGCAGCCGUGCAACACUGAGUAUCCAGGCUUCAUGUACGACAAGUCCAUCAGAGAGACCAACAGCAUCAUCAAAUGCGGCCGCUGUCAGAAGAUGUUUGUCCUCCAGCAGAUUCCCAACAGUAAUCUGGUGAUGGUGGUGGUUCAGGCGGACUGUGACUGCUCUCGACAGUAUGCUCCAAUCACACUCAUGCCCAAAGAGGUCAAAUAUAUCGCCACGGUGAAGUGCAACAGGAUGAAAUCUCAGAAGAUCCGCAGACGGCCAGAGUCCUGUCACGCAUACCAUGCUCACGAAAAUGCGGAGGAUUGUGGUGGAGCUUGUGGGAUAACUGCAUCUCUUACACUGUACGUCAUAUGUUUGGUCUCCUCCCUGGCUCUCCGCUAAACAAUACACAAUAUUUCUGCCAUAACUGUGGACAUCUGGACCAAAUAAUGGGACGCUCUUAUCAGCUGUGGAUCUCCAGCAUCAGGAAUUCAGGUUCAUACUACAUAGUAUUUACUGCGAUACGAUUUAAGCCAAGACACUGCUGGGGAAAAUGAACUAAUAUUAAUCACCAUACAUACAUAUAAGCAUAUUUUCCUAUAAGUAUGGUGAUUAAUAUAAGUUAUAUGAAUAGUUUGGUGUACAUCAAAGCUGCUGAAGUGAAGAUUUAUGGCUUAGCAGAGGAGAAAAAACUCAUUUUAGAAAAACAGCCUUUUCAAAAUAUGAAUCGCAACUGAAAUCUGCAGACACACAUUGAUCAAGUGUGACAAAGAAAUACUUAAAAGUGUAUUAUUGAUCUUUUCUUUUCUAUUAGACAAAAAAAACACUCAAAAAGUCUCAGAUGCCUGAAAAACACUGUAUUUUUGGCUGCAGUGUCUCACCCUUAGGUCACCUACAAAUAGUGUGAAGCAAUAUGACAGUGAGUAAAUGACAGAUUUUGUAAACAAACCCUUUAACUUGAUUGAUACAGGUCAGUUCUGCCCUGCUGGACUCAACAUGACUGUUCAGAUGCUAUUUUCUCAUUGUGAUCCAAAGUGAGAGAUAUAAUAUUAGAUUGUCUCAUGUGACUUGAUGUUAUACAUCAGAUCUGCUAUUCUCUUAAUUUUUUUUAUACUUUUAGGAUUACAAUGAAUGUUUUAAAAAGCUAAUUUAGAGCAGCGGCAGAUAAACUGCUGUUUAUUUUCAUGACGGUUGACCACUUUUUUCAAUGAGACACAUUUUGUGUAAAACUGUAAUGAAACAUUUCAUAUGUUGCGUGAGAUAGGUACAGUUUAAUACUUUUUUUAACCAGACUUGUAUACGUGGGUAUUUUAGUAACUGUAUGUAUGAUUAUUGAUAUGAGACCUGAAGUCUUUAAUAUCGCUCGACAAUGGUUUGAAAAAUGUUUUGCUUGAGUGUAGAAAACAGUGAAUGACAAUGAAUUUGUGGUGUUUGUGCGAAUAAAAAGUGCAGGAAGUUAAAACAAA